GAGCUCUGCGCGACCUGUCGACCCCCAAGGUCUGCUGCUGGUACUCAAAGGGCGGGAUCCGGAAGGCCCCAAAUCCCUCAGGCGGAACCCAGCCCGUGCUCGAGCCCAGCCUGGGAAAGGCCUGUGUGGGCAAACCCCGACUCGGCGGGCUCCCGGAGCGCAGGGGCACUGAGUCGUCGUCGGUGCGGCCGGGCUGUGGGGACCGUAGGCCCGGCCCAGCCUGCAGCCUGAGCCGCGAGAGCGCGUGCCGGCGGCGGGAAGGGAAUGUGCCUUUCCAGUGUGCAACGUGAGCCUGCCGGAAAUCGCAGGCGGUGGGUCUGGGGCGAGAGCCCGGGCUCUGGGUUCAGAGACUCGUGCAAAUUCCAGCGCUGUCACUUGGGUAAGAGUCAGGUUUCUCAUCUAAAAAAGAGGAUGUUAGUAAAAACUUCAUGGCGCUGCUCUGAGAGAUGUCAUCGCCUGUAAGCAUUUUGCCAACUUCCAGUUAAUAAGAAUAAAUAAGUGUUAGUUCCCAUCCUAUUUGGAAGACACUUUGUUUUCAUUUGGUAUUUCAUUUCUUCACAACCACCUUAUUUAUGGUAUAGUAUCAUUAAAAAAAAAAAAAAAGAAAGAAAAUGGGUUCAGGGUUGUGAAAUGAUAUACCUAAGCUCACAAAAGGUGAGGAAGCUGAGAUGCAAAAGUACAGAUAGGCUUUACUCCCAAAGUCAGGCCAUUUCCACCAUCCUACCUGCCUAAAACUCAGAGUUGCAGCCUGUACUUUUGCACAACCCUGCUCCUCAGGGGACUUCAGGAAAUGUCUGGAGACAUUUUUUGGUUGUCACAACUGUAGAGGGGCUGCUUCUGGCAUCUUGUGGGUAAAGGCCAGAAAUACUGCUAAACGUCUUACAAUGCACAGAAGACAGCCCCCUACAACAAAGAAUUAUCCAGCUGAAAAUUUCGAUAAUGCUGCGGUUGAGAAACUGCUGUAGAUGAUGGUUCCAACUAAGCAAAUUUGUAUCCCAGGCCCAGAUCCCCGACCUGGAACAAAGCAGCUCUUAUGAGGCAGAAAAGGGGGAGCCCCAGGGACAGGAGUCCCAUCUGGAAGAAAAGCCCAUCUGACAGAGACUCCUCAUGAGUGCUUCAAAGCAAAGUCAGAAGACCCCAGAAAGGAACAGGUCCUGAUUUGCACGGCCACAAGUAUUUCUCGGUCCCCCUGCUCAGAGUUCUGAACCACUCUCACAGCAUUUCCACCACCUGGCAUCUAAGAUAUCCUGAGGCUUUCUCUAACCUGAACAUAUAGAAUCACAGAAUGAUAGUACAGGAAAGGGCUUCUAUUUCUGACUCUUUUAAAAGCUUAAAAAAAUAUUGGACCUGAGAUGAGUGACUUGUCCAGGGCCACCCAGGACAGAGCUAGGAGCAAAGCACAGUGCUGUCACAGACUAUCCUUCACAAUUCUCUGCACCCUGCUAAGAGCAGAAGAAAAUGAACACACUUAAGGCAUCAGUGUCAUUCAAGGACGUGGCUGUGGAGCUGACCCAGGAGGAAUGGCAGCACAUGGGUCCUGCUCAGAGGACCCUGUACAGAGACGUGAUGCUGGAGAACUACAGCCACCUUGUCUCAGUGGGGUGCUGCAUUUUCAAACCUGAAGUGGUCUUCAGGUUGGAGCAAGGAAAAGAACCUUGGUUCUUAGAGGGAGAAUUCUCCAACCAGAGCUACCCAGAAGAUUACAAUAUCAAGAGGAACAAGAAAAUCAAAGAUACACACUUGGAACAAGUAAUAUUUAUCAAUAAUAAAAUAUUGACUAGAGAGGAAGAGAAAGUUUUGGAAAAACCAUUUAAUCUGCACAUGGCUCCUAUUUCUUCAACAAAAAUGCCCUAUAAAUGUGACUCAUGGGGAAUGAAUUUGCAAAAUAUCUCUGAAUUUAUUCUCAAUAAUAGAAACUAUUCAACAAAGAAAGCUGCGUGUGAGAAUUUGCCUUUCAAUAUUAACUUUGAGAGAACUCAUACUAGAGAAAAAAAUUAUGAAUAUAAUAAAAAUGUGAAAUCUCUCACUUAUAAGGAAGAUCUUCCUGAGCAUCAAAGGUUUCAGGCUUUGGAACAAGCUUUUGAGUGUAAUAAAUUUGGAAAAGCCUUCUGUGUUAAGGCUAACUGCAUUACACAAAAGAGUCGUCACACAAGAGAGAAAUCCUGUAAAGAUGAUGGAUUUAAGAUAAACUGUGAUAAGACAGCUGUAUUUGAUCACCAGAGAACUGGCACAAGGGAAACACACUCUACCCUUAACCAGUGUGGGAAAUCCUUCUGUGAGAAGCCAUCUGUCAUGAAAUACCAUGAAGUUCAUAUGGCUAUGAAAUGCUCUGAGUGUAAUGGAAGUGGAAAUAAUUUCAGCAGGAAGUCACACUUAACUCAACUUCAAAGAACUGUUACAGAAGAGAAUCCAUUUGCACAUAAUGAUAGAACACAAACUAGGGAUAAAUCCUUUGAAUAUAAUAAAAAUGGGAAGCCCUGCCUGACAUCAGCCCACAAAGUACACCAGAGAACUCACUCAGAGGUAAAAUCCUAUAAAUGUAAUGAAUGUGGGAAAUCUUUCUGUCAAAAAGGACAUCUCAUUCAGCAUCAGAGAACUCACACAGGAGAGAAACCAUUUGAAUGUAAUGAAUGUGGAAAAACUUUCUCCCAGAAGUCACACCUCAGUACACAUCAGCGAAUUCACACAGCAGAGAAACCCUAUAAAUGUAAUGAAUGUGGGAAAACUUUUGUCCAGAAGUCAACCCUCAGAGGACAUCAGAGAAUUCACACAGGGGAGAAACCCUAUGAAUGUAGUGAAUGUGGGAAAACUUUUGUUCAGAAGUCAACCCUCAGAGAUCAUCAUAGAAUUCACACAGGAGAGAAAUCCUUUCAGUGUAAUGAAUGUGGGAAAACUUUUGGCCAGAAGUCAAAUCUCAGAAUACAUCAGAGAACUCACAGUGGGGAGAAAUCUUACCAAUGUAAUGAAUGUGAAAAAUCCUUCUGGCGAAAAGACCAUCUCAUUCAACACCAGAAAAUUCACACAGGAGAGAAACCAUUUAAAUGUAAUGAAUGUGCAAAAACCUUCGCCCGGACAUCGACCCUGAGAGUACAUCAGAGAAUUCACACAGGGGAGAAACCAUUUAAAUGUAAUGAAUGUGGGAAAAAAUUUGUCCGAAAGGCAAUCCUUAGCGAUCAUCAGAGAAUUCAUACAGGGGAGAAACCCUUUCAGUGUAAUAAAUGUGGGAAACCGUUUGGCCAGAAGUCAAACCUCAGAAUACAUCAGAGAACUCACAAUCGGGAUAAAUCUUAAUGAAUGUAAAAAAAAUUGGAAAAUAAUAGAAGCGAACCCUAAAUGUAUGCCAGGGAAUUCAAGGAGGGGUGAACCCCUAUUGAUGUAAUAAAUGUGGAAAAUCCUUUGGGAAAAAGACCAUCUCAUUUGAGAUCAGAGAACUCACAUAGAGGAGAAUGGACUGCAUAUAGGAAAACUAUCCUAGAAGUGAAUGCUUGCUGUAGAUGAGAAAAUUCACACAGUAGAUAAAACUUAUUAAUAUAAUGAAUAGAAAGAAUUCUAUCUAAAAGGAAACCCUGAGCAUGUAUUGGAGGAUUCAUACAGCCUUCUAUUUCAAGGUACUGUGGAAAGUCCUCUAAAUAAAGUCAUGUGCUAUUCAGUAACUUGUACGUAUCAGAUAGGCUGGUAACUUGUUCACAAGUAACCAUUUCAUUUUCCUCCAGGCACAUAGCUAGUUUAAAUUUCCAAAUUUUCCUUGCAUCUAAGUGGGGCUGUGUGGCUAGUGAAAUGUGGGUGCCAAUGGUAUAUGCUACAUUCAGGCUUGGCAAAGAUUUCCCUUACAAACUUCCAGUGCUCUAUUAGAAUAAAAUGGCAGUAACUUCCAGGACAGCCUAUUUAUAUUGACAUGUAUUGACACAAAAUGAAAGAAGCCAGGGUCCCCGGAUAAAUAUGUAGAGCAGAUUUCUCUUCCAGAUUUUCACUACUUGAACAUUUUUGAGCAAGAAAUAAGAUUCUAUUCCAUUGAGCUCUAAUGUGUUUGAGUGUAUUUAUUAUUGCACAUUAUUUAGCAAUCUACUUUAGUUUGGGUUCUCUAGCAAAGCAAAACCAGUGAGGCAUAUUAUUAGAGGUUUAUAUCAAGGAAAUGGCUCACGCGAUUGUAGAGACUGGAAAGUUCCAAGUCUGUAGAGGCUUCUGACUCACAUAGCCACAGGGACUGGUGAACCCAAGAUUGGCAGGUCAGAGGGUGGGCCUCUGACUCACAGGCUAUGGGAGCCAACAAAUCCCAGGAUUGGCAGGUAAGAUGGCAGGCUGCUGGCUCACAGGCUGCAGAGACUGACAAAUCCCAAGAACAGCAGGUAAGCUGCUAGCACAAAUCCCAAGAACAGCAGGUAAGCUGCUAGCUCAAGUCCCAAGAACCGGAGGUCAGAUGGUGAGCCAGAUGCAUGAUUCAGAGCAAGCAAAAGCCCGUGAGUUUUGCCAGAAAUUCCACAUAUAUUGGACACAGGCCACACCCUCAAGGAAACUCUCUUUCAGCUGAUUGGCUGUUCAUAGAUCUCAUCAUGGAGGUGAUUAUAUCAGAUCUCAAUAUGGAGGCGAUUAUAUCAUUACAUAGCUGCCAAACUACAUCAUAACUGCCAAACCACUGAGAAUCAUGGCCCAGCAAGUUGAAACACAACCUUAACCAUCAUACCAUCCUUCUGCUAGGAAGACAUAAAACAGCUUGUGAGCCAUGCUUGAGUCAGCCACAGGGCACAAACCUUACUGAGGUUGCUGAGUAAAUGGGUCCUUCCAAGAUCAGAGAAUUCAUUUAAGAGAUACUCUUUCACUGUAGUGAAAUAGUGCCAGUAAUGAUCACCCUGAUACAGGGUUUUGAAUUGACCUAAAACGAUUUUUUUUGCUUGAAUGGUCGACAGCCACCAUGGUUUUCGAAACCAAAAGUAAUUGUGCCUUGUUUAAUGGCACAAAGCUACUCUCCCUCCUCACCUCCUGAUACCUCUGUAUACCCCCAAACUUAGUUGCCUUAAGAAGAAAGAUGUUUCUUUUUCUCCAGUUAUGCUGGGGAACCAAAAACUCAUUGACAUCGAGUCAAUGCUGACCCAUAGUGACCUUAUAGGACAGAGUAGAACUGCCCCAGAGGGUUUACAAAGAACAGCUGGUGGAUUGGAACUGCCGACCUUUUGGUUAGCAGAUGAGCUCUUUAUGGCUUGUUUGAAUUCAAGUGCCCUGUCUAGAGACAGGGGGCAUCUCAAUUCAGCUAAUGGAUUUGGGCACUUUGGAGACCUUAUGGAUUGAACCCUUUUAGAUAGUACUCCGUACUGUGGUUACUUCUACAUCUAAAAGCAUAGUAGGAAUUGUUAUAUGCUAAACUUCUUCCCAUAAAUUGUGGAGGGAAUUAUCCCAAUCAGGAAGAGUUGCAUAUAAAGAAAUACUUUUUAGAUAUCACAGCCCUGGUGAGCAUUUUGAGCUUCAAGUCUCUGUGACUGGUGAUUUUGUUGAUUGGAACUCUGGUAAAAGAAGGAAGUCCUUGCAGGAAGGGGAUGAUUUUAUUUGAUUCCCUGACAGAGAUAAGAUGUACACCCCUUUCGAAAAGCAUCUAUGUAGCUUAUUCUUGAGCUCUUUUAGACGUCACACACAUGACUCAUGGAGUCGUCUAGCCUCAUAUUCCUAUUUUUGGGUUUGCCAUCUGGACAUAGUUAUUAACAGUGGGAAAGACCCACAAAACCCCACUUGAGAAAUGGUUCAAGAGCACAGCUGCCCUAGCCCCAUCUGUAUCUCAGCUAUGGAUGAAAAAGUAACACCUGUCCCUUGGAGGGGAUCCCACUUUGUUGCUGAAACAAAGCCACUGGUGAAGCUGAAACCACUGGGAUGCUGUGACCGUUCAACCUCAGUGCCAGUACGCAAAACCGAAAGUGUAUGUGGUUGCUCCUCUCAGGCAGAACGCACGGCUGUCCUUGGCUCUGGCCAAUAUUCCCCUGAUGAACAUUGUUAUAUUUUUUAUUGAUUCUUGGAUUCUUGCCAGUGACCUAACUUUUUGGCCUGCCAGUUGGAAAACUACAGACUGACAGAUAAAAGCACUCCUGUUUGGGGCUAAGAACUGUGAGAAAAUACAGCUGCUGACCAUACUGUCUGGGUCACUCAUAUGGUAAGGGACAGUUCUGUGAUGAGACUGUCCAAAAUCAGUCUGCCGAUUGAGCAUUCGCUGCCAGAUUGCCACUGUUGCUAUCUGGAUCCAUCGUUGCACUAGUAUGGCGAACCUUCCACCAUCUUCGACUGGGUACAAAGUAAAGGUCUCCAGGUAGCUGAUAUUUCCUUUGAUGUCAUGUGAUACCAGAAUCUACCAUUGUUUCCUGCUGGAUGAAUAGGCAAUGAUCCACAUAGCAUUUGGUUAAUUCACCCCUUCCCUUUCCCACUGAUUUUAAAUAUACUAAAGUAUCAUUUGUAAAGAUAUUGCAUAUGGCUGCUUAUUCCUCAUUCCCCGUAGUCUUCUAGUACCAGAUCCUCCCUUUGUGACAACAGAGCUGGUACAUAGCUCACACGAGCCAAAAUAAUGCAUCCUGAUGUGAUGUUGAGUGUCUUAAAGAAGGGUAUUUUAAUGAGUUUGGAAAAUGAGAAGACUUCCUAGAAUUUUGGAAAUGUAUGGCAUGACAGACAAGUUAAUGACCCUAGUGCUGCCAGCAACCUUGCCAAGAAAAAUGCAUCUAAAAUAGGGUUAAAAAAAAAAAAAGUUAUACAGAGAAGCAGAUAGACAGACUGGUGGUACGCAAGUCCAGUUAAUGUCGGACUCCCUGAGAAUCAAAACACCACUGUUUUAAUUAAUCUGUUUUUGUAAUGCUUGAUCAUAUAAAGGAAGCCUUCCAUUCUUUUAAAAUAAGUUCAUUUUUUUUCCAAAGACUUUUUCUUAAAGAAGAUAGAUACUUAGAAUCAUCACCCUUUCUUUUUAAAAUAUAUUUUAGGAAUAUUACUGAAUUUGGUAUUAAAUUCAGAGCCAGGUACCGGACAGAAUUGAACCAGUUCACCCAGGUGACUUGAAUCAUUCAUUGGGAAACCAGGUGACAAAGCCCCAUCACUGGGCACUCAGGUUUUACCUGUCCUCUGGUAGGCUUGCAAGAUACCUCCAUAUACCAAAUUAUCAACUGGAAACCAUGCUCUGCUCUCACCAUGAAUUCUCCCUUCCGCUCCCUGCCUGGUUGAUACUCCUUAUGUUAUCUGGAAACCUGAAGGAGCCAGUUUUCUGUCUACCUGUCUGCUAAGGGUCUUCAAGCUAAUAGAGGUAGAAAAGAAGCCUCCAUGAAGGCAAUAAUUUUGGUCUGUUUUCAUAAUUAGUCUCAAACAUAUGAAACAGUGCCUCUACAUAUUAGGCAAAAACAAAUACUUGUUGAUUUUGAAAUUCGACACAUUUUUCAUUUUCUUGCUGUACAUUAUCUUUCCAGAUGAUUCACCAUGGAUUAUACUUAAGCUGUAAGCUCCCCACUCAAAGACUUCCCUGUUUUAGAUAUUUUCUAAAUUUGUGAAACUUUACUUGUUCUUAGUAGUGUACAGUACUGGUCUUCAGAUA